GCUGGAUUGGCAGAGGUAAAACUGAAAAAUAAAGACAGAGAAACACUGGACAAAACAACGUGCACUAUUUCCAAUUAUUUUAGAAAUCUAGACUCAGUGCAUAUGAAGAAAAUUAUGAUUGUUAUGAUGAAUAGUAUAAAGCAAUCUGAAGAAAACUACUGAUCGCAAUAUAAAUUCAGUAUGUACACAAAGAAUGCAAUAUGCACUGAAGCUACAAAAAAUUUUCUGACAAAAAUCAGGGAGCACUGAUUUCGUUAAAUUAGAAGAAACGCCAAGGCGGCCAAGUGACAAUUUACAGGUAAGCACAAUUUACAGAAGCUAGAGAAUGUGAACUGAAGAGCCCACGACUCAUUCUUUUUCUUCUGCCUCUCAAUUAACCUCCAAUGCUGCUCAUACCGAUGUAUUUGAUGUUUGGUUGUCCCCAUGAAAUCUGUACAAAAGAAACUAUAAACAUAAGAUUAUUGCAAAAAAAAGAAAAGAAAAAUAAGGUAAUUAUUCUAGGUACAUGAUACCUAUAAUGAACAAGGAACACCUGGGUGAGGGUCCUCACCUCAUUUGAAUGGUAAAUACUGAUCAAAGCUUGCAUGAGUAAAUUUUUUUUAAGCACUUGCAUACUCCGCGCUCGUUCAUCUCAAAGAUAAAUGUUUUAUUUAUUUAUUUAUCACAGAUAGUUAGAAUAGUAGAAACAUUUGAUAAGCUCAAGGGGAAAUUUAUAUGGGAGUAGGUUGUGUGUGAGAUAGAAGGAAGUAGACUAGUAGGACGUCUGAAGCAAGGUAAUCAGACGUCGUUGAUGGGCUACCGUGCUGGUUUGUGCGGAAGGGACAAUAUAAAUACUACUCCGUAUUUGAGAAAAAGAUGGACCCAUGUAAACAUUUGAUACACGCAGCACUCGGGCAGCCCGGGCGACUGGCGACUCGCAACUGAGGGGCGACGAUGCUCCUCGCCGCCGACGCCGCCCACCAUCGGCCCGGACACAGGCGGGUGGAUGGCCGGUUUUGGACGCUGACGGAUGAUGACAAGGCGGAUGACGACGAAGUCAACCAGCCGGCGGUGACCUCGCCGACGCCAUUGGACUUGAGUUGCGAAUCCAUUCAGGUAGGGUACUCCGAAGAACACGUAGCAAAUUGCAUCGACGAGGUCGUUCCUCCCACCGAUAGCGCGUGGGACGGACUAGGCGAGGACGGAGACAGGGUGGAGGUUCUUCGCCGGAUCGUGCGCCGGCGAAUGUCGGCCUCCGCGGUGCAGCCAUGGAAAGGUCCUCUACCAAAGGUUAUCUUCAAAGCGACGUCUUGGAUCCGUACGUGGUCGUUACUCAUCCAUGUGGACUCCAGGGAGCUUAUGGAUAUUGGGUGCAACCGAUGGGAGAUGGUCGCACGGGCUAUCUUCAGCCGAUUUUGGAUGACGUGCUAAUAAUAGACUAGGUGUAUAGGCAUCGUAGUCUGCUUUUAGUUACGCUGGAUAUGGUAGUUUGCUUUUCAUUUCAUCUUUGUUUUCAUUUUUGAGUUUCAAAGACUUGUGGAUCUAAGACUUUGUUUUGAACCUAUUUUAA